AUGGACGGCGACGAUCUUUUUGGGGUUUUCUCGGAAACUCCAGCGCAGUUGCCAGUGAAGAAAAGUCAUGGAGAUCAUCAAAAAAAUCAGAAAAGUGAGCAAAACAACCUCGACAGGAAAAGACCAGCUCCUGCUGAUGAGAAAGAGAACAAGAAACAGGCAAAACAGGACGACACGGCCAAUGGAGAGAAAAAGAAGUCGAAUCCUGUUGUCAAGGAUGCCGUGGAAAUUGAAGCAUCCAGAGAAGUUGCGGCCUCUGCCGGUCUUCUUCCGUCUGAUCAAAAGGAGGAAGAUGCGAGAAAGUUGAAAUUGAAGCAUCAGGUCAGACACCAAGUGGCCAUUCCACCAGACUACCCUUACGUUCCCAUUGGAGAGCACGUGAGAACGAAAGAGGCAAGAACCUACCCUUUUACCUUGGACCCUUUCCAGGAUACGGCUAUCUCGUGUAUCGACAGAAACGAGUCUGUUCUUGUAUCUGCGCAUACCUCUGCUGGUAAGACAGUGGUGGCUGAGUAUGCGAUUGCUCAGUCCUUGAGGGAUAAGCAGCGUGUCAUCUAUACGUCUCCAAUCAAGGCUUUGAGUAACCAGAAGUAUAGAGAGCUCUUGGCUGAGUUUGGCGAUGUGGGUCUCAUGACUGGUGAUGUUACAAUCAACCCGGACGCAGGAUGUCUUGUUAUGACGACAGAAAUUUUGCGUAGUAUGUUGUACAGAGGCUCGGAGGUGAUGAGAGAAGUUGCUUGGGUCAUUUUCGACGAGGUGCACUACAUGAGAGACAAAAACAGAGGUGUUGUGUGGGAAGAGACGAUCAUCUUGCUUCCUGACAAGGUGCACCAUGUUUUUCUUUCGGCAACCAUUCCAAACGCCAUGGAGUUUGCUGAGUGGAUCGUGAAAACGCACAACCAACCAUGUCACGUUGUCUACACUGACUUCCGUCCAACUCCUUUGCAGCAUUACUUAUUUCCAGCGGCUGGUGAUGGAAUUCAUCUUGUUGUCGACGAGAAAGGUACCUUCAGGGAGGAAAAUUUCCAAAAAGCUAUGUCUUCAAUCUCAAACAACAUGGGCGACGAUCCCUCAUCAGCCGAGGCAACAAGAAGUAAAAAGAAGGGAGAGACAUAUAAGGGAGGUGUGAAGGACGGAAAGAGUGACAUUUACAAGAUUGUCAAAAUGAUCUACAUGAAAAGAUACAAUCCAGUGAUUGUAUUCUCUUUCUCAAAGCGUGAUUGUGAGUCUUUGGCUCUCAAAAUGUCCAAAUUGGACUUUAAUACAGAUGAGGAGCGUCAAGCAUUGACGAAAGUGUUUGAAAACGCUAUUGAUGUUUUGCUAGAGUCAGAUAGAGAGUUGCCUCAGAUCAAGAAUAUUCUCCCGCUUCUAAGAAGAGGUAUUGGUAUUCAUCACUCGGGUUUGUUGCCAAUCUUGAAAGAGGUAAUCGAGCUUUUGUUCCAGGAAGGUUUGCUCAAGGUACUUUUCGCCACAGAAACGUUCUCCAUCGGUCUUAAUAUGCCUGCUAAGACUGUGGUUUUCACAUCUGUCAGAAAGUGGGACGGUCAAGGGUUCCGUUGGGUGUCUGGAGGUGAGUAUAUUCAGAUGUCCGGUAGAGCUGGUCGUCGUGGUCUAGAUGAUAGAGGUAUCGUGAUCAUGAUGAUUGAUGAAAAAAUGGAACCUCAAGUGGCCAAAGGUAUGGUCAAGGGCCAAGCUGACAGAUUAGAUUCUGCAUUCCACCUAGGAUACAAUAUGAUCUUGAAUUUAAUGCGGGUUGAAGGCAUUUCUCCGCAAUUCAUGUUGCUGAACUCCUUCUACCAGUUCCAAAAUGCUGCGUCUGUUCCCAAGCUCGAGCAGCACCUUCAACAGUUGACUAUUGAGUACAAUAAUGUGACUGUGGAUGACGAAUAUCAUGUCAAGGAAUACUAUGAUCUCAAGAAACAACUUGAAGGAUACCAGGAGAGCGUUCGUCAAGUUGUUACCCACCCAGGUCACAUUCUUCCAUUUUUGCAAGCUGGCAGAGUUAUAAAAGUGAAGAUUGGCGAGCAUGACUACGGCUGGGGAAUGGUUGCAUCGUUCUCGAAAAGAUCAAACAAAAGAGAUUCAUCUCAAACGUACACGGAUCAUGAGCUGUAUUUGGUGAGCGUAUUUGUUUGCACCAUGUUCGCAGAUGCUCCUGUCAACUUGAUUAAACCGUUCAACCCGGAUUUUCCUGAGGGUAUUCGUCCUUCGAAGGAGGGUGAAAAACUGAGAGCAGAAUAUGUCCCCAUCACAUUGGACUCCAUUCAGGCAAUCUCGAGCGUUCGUUUGAAGGUGCCAGACGAUUUCAAGAGCUCCACUGCCAAGAGAAACUUGGUGCGGACAUUGAGAGACUUGCCCAAGAAGUUGCCCGACGGUAUCCCUCUAAUGGAUCCUGUUGAGAGCAUGAAGAUCGAGGAGCCUGAGUUCAAGACGUUGUUGCGUAAGAUUGACGUCUUAGAAAGUAAAUUGGCUACUAAUCCAUUACAUGAAUCCGACAGAAUCAAGGAUUUGUACGCCCAGUACAGCCACAAGGUCGACAUUGAGAAGCAAAUCUCUCAAACAAAGGAGAAGAUAUUACAAGCGCAAGCGGUGAUUCAGCUCGACGAUUUGAAACGCCGAAAGAGAGUCUUGAGGAAGCUUGGAUUCACUACCCCAGAUGAGAUCAUCGAGCUCAAGGGAAGAGUUGCUUGCGAGAUUUCGACGGGUGACGAGCUUCUAUUGACAGAGCUCAUAUUCAAUGGUACGUUCAAUGAUUUGAGUCCAGAACAGUGUGCGGCGCUUUUGUCGUGCUUCGUGUUCCAGGAACGAGCCAAGGAAGUGCCUAGAUUGAAACCUGAAUUGGCAGAGCCCUUGAAAGCCAUGCAAGACAUGGCAACAAAGAUUGCCAAGGUGUUCAGAGAAAGCAAGAUAGAAAUUACCGAGAAGGAGUACGUUGAGCUGUUCCGCCCUGAGCUCAUGGAAGUGACAUAUGCAUGGUGCAAAGGCGCCAAGUUUGCACAGAUUUGUAAGAUGACCGAUGUGUACGAAGGGUCGUUGAUUAGAACGUUCAAGAGAUUGGAAGAGAUGAUUAGACAGAUGAUUCAGGCGGCCAAGACGAUAGGUAACAUUGAGUUGGAAGAUAAGAUGGAAAAGGCCACGGAGAUGGUGCACAGAGACAUUGUUUCCGCUGCGUCGUUGUACUUGUAA